AUGUCAAAAAGGCACGUUGCAUAUAUAAAACCGGACGAACCAAGUUUUUUAAAGAAACUGAAACAGCAAGCUGGUUUUACAGAGGGUCCAACGGUAGACACUAAACGUGAAGGUUUGGAUGCUGUUGCUGACGAGGAUUUGCAGGACACAGAGGAGGAACAACCAACAGUAGUUGUUUUAAAAUCAGGAGAUUUAACUGCCGAAGAAGCUGCUCAAGAAGCAGAGAAGUUGAGGAAGGAAACAGAGGAAGCCCCGGCUGAUCUAAGUUCCCGAAUAGUGUUUAAAGCCCCUGGUAAAUCCAAAUCUUUAGAAAAGCCCGAAGAAAAAUCCUCCAAGAGAAAAAAGGAUUCGAAGGAUAAAGAUUCAAAAAAAUUAAAAAACAAGAAAUUGUUGUCAUUUGACGAAGAAGAGGACGAGGACUAUUAA